GCGACAUAUUCAGCAGAAACAUGCAAUUGAUGGGUAAGUUCAAAAGGAUGUGUGUAUUUUGUGGAAGUAAUUCAGGGCACAGAAAGAUAUUCAGUGAUGCAGCUCUUCAACUUGGGAAAGAACUGGUGGAGAGGAAGAUGGAUUUGGUGUAUGGAGGAGGAAGUGUAGGGUUGAUGGGGUUGGUUUCUCAAACAGUUUAUGAUGGCGGAUGUCAUGUUCUUGGAGUAAUCCCAACAGUCCUAAUUCCCCUUGAGAUAUCAGGUAAUUCAGUAGGAGAAGUAUUGGUUGUAUCGGAUAUGCAUGAAAGAAAGGCUGAGAUGGCACGUCGAGCUGAUGCUUUCAUUGCAUUGCCUGGUGGGUAUGGAACCAUGGAAGAGUUGCUUGAGAUGAUAACAUGGUCUCAGCUUGGAAUCCAUCAUAAACCAGUGGGUCUCUUGAACAUUGAUGGGUAUUAUGAUUGCUUGCUUCGUCUGUUUGACAAAGGUGUGGAAGAGGGGUUUAUCAAUUUAUCUUCUAGGAAUAUUGUCAUAUCUGCAAAAACUGCUACAGAGCUGAUACAGAAGAUGGAGGUACUGGAAUACAUACCUUUGCAUAAUCAAGUGGCUCCAACCCAAAACUGGAAUGUGGAGGAGAACCAUGCAAAUGGUUUGUUUUAGAUGAAAGCAAGGAUUGAAUUUAAUUACAUUUGAUUUUCUAUAGUUUAAUUUGCGUCUUGAGAUUGUGGAUGUAAUUGAUACAAUUGAUAUGGUAUUUCCUUCCAGAUGAAAUAACAAAUGUGCCUCUUAAGACAUAAUUCUUCAUUCCCAUAUGCAUAAAACCUAUAAACUGUUUAAGCAUUCUGUAAAACUAAGAACACCAAAGGCGACUUUAAGGAACGAUAUGGCUACAUGAGGAAUUUUGGAGUUAAACCGAUGCAAAAAGUUUCAAAUUAUCUGCAGGUUGAAAUGUAAAUCUAAAUGUGCUGCAUCGAUCUAGACCUUUGACUCAACUUUUCAAUUCAAAUUUCGCUCAAUGGAAUUGACUACAACUUGUAAGAGAUAAAACUGAUAUAGGCUUUGAUGUGAUCAAUAAUACAACAUAUAUAGCCUUUGAUGAUCAAUAUGAAUUGCCAACAUCCAAUACAAUAAAAGAACAAGCAAAUAACAGCAAUAAGCCUCACACGAAUUCAACUGUAUCAUUCGAAAAGUGAAUCAAAAUAG